AUGUUUCUUCAGACUAAACAAAUUAAACCUCUUCAUGAGCACAGGUUUUAUAACCUCUUCGCGUGUUUCUUUCUUUCUCUUUUCUUUGCUUUUCAUUCUUUCUUUCAUCCUUUCUCUUUUUCUUUCUUCUUUUCGUUCUUUCUUCCUUUCUCUAUUUCUUUCAUUUUCUUUCUUUCUAUCUUUCUUUCAUUAUUCUAUUCUUUUUUGCUUUCAUUUCUUAGCUUUUCGUUCUCUCUUUCUUUCUUUCUUUCUUUUUUCUUUCUUUCUUUCUUUCUUUCUUUCUUUCUUGUCACUUGCCAUAUAUUCUAUCCUUUAUACUGUUUUUCUACUCACGCGCACUUCAUCCUUUUUGUAAUUUUUAUUUUUCUUCUUUUAUUUAUUGCUUUUGUUUUUAUAUUCGUUUUAAACUUUCACUUUUCUUUUCUCGUUUUUUUCUCGACUUCUUUCUUUUCACUUAACGUGUUUCUUUUCUUCCUCCCUUUUUUUUCUCUCUUUUUUCUUAAAAUUCUCUUAACUUUCCAGAUUUUAUUAUUUCUACUUUGCUUUUUUCUUUUCUUAUUUCCUUUUUUUCCUCUAUCACUUUUAUUUCCUUCCUUUUUUUCUACAAUUAUGGAAAACUAUUUCUCCUUCUUUUUUACCUCUAAUUUUUCCUGUUUAUUUGUUCCUUCUUUCUUUUUUCUUUCAUUCUUUCUUUCCGGCUUUUUCUUUUUCUUUCCUUCUUUUUUAUUCUUUCAUUCAUUCUUUCUUUUUUCUUUCUUUCUAUUUUCUUAUAUUCUUCCUCCCUUCGUGACUUUAUUGAUGCUUUCUUUCUUUCUUUUUUCUUUCUUUCUUAUUUUUAUUUCUCAUUUUUCUUUAUUUGUUCUUUAUUGUUUCACUUACUCCUUUCUUUCUUAUUUUCUUUCUUUCUUAUUUUCUUUCUUUCUUUCUUUCUUUCUUAUUUUAUUUCACAUUUUUCUUUAUUUUUUCCUUACUGCUUCACUUAUUUCUUUCUUUCUUUCUUUCUUUCUUUCUUUCUUUCUUUUUCCUCCAAAGCAAAUACGCAUGCUAGGUGAAAUGUUACUAUAA